AUGGAUUUUAAUGAAGACGAUUUCAAAAACGCGGCAGAGAAAAUUGCGAACUUUAUUGUCGAAUACGACAGCAUUUUGAAAAGCUGUCCUGUUUCCAAUCCGGUAAAACCUGGAGACCUUUACAAUGCUCUUGAUGCUAAGCUACCCACAUCAGGAGAAAAAUCCAUUGACAUAUUGAUAGACAAGGUUCGCAAGGAAAUCUCGCCAAGAAUGGUUCACUGGAGUCAUCCGCAGAACAGCGCUUGGUUUCCAAAUGUAUCGCCAAAGAUUCUAGCGCUAGGCGCGAUGCUCGAAAAUACGCUAAAUUGUGUCGGCUUUUCGUGGUCUUCUAGUCCAGCUCUGACCGAGCUAGAGCAAAAGGUCAUGGAUUGGUUAGUUGACAUCUACGGUCUUCCUGGGCAUUUCAAGUUUUCUUCAAAAGGAGCAGGCGGAGGCUGUUUUCAGGGAACAGCUGGAGAAGCCGUUUUGAAUGCUUGCUUGGCUGCUAGAGGCCGAUUUUUGGCAACACACGAUGUUGAUCCUCGAAAACUCGUUGCUUAUUGCUCCGACCAAGCACAUUGCUCCUGUUCUAGAGCCGCGCAAAUUUCUUUGAUGCAAGUUCGAAGAGUCGAGACUAAUGAUCAAGCCGAAAUGACGGGGGAGCUGCUUAUCAAGCAAAUGGAAAAAGAUGUUGCCGAAGGAUACUUUCCCGCUUUUGUUGCCGUAACUCUCGGAACAACUGGAUUAUGCGCGUUUGACGACUUGAAGUCGAUCGUUGACGUUUUGGAAAAUCAGUUUCCUUCUGUCUGGAUUCAUGUCGACUCCGCUUAUACUGGUCCAAUGUUUGUGCUAGAAGAAAACAGGCAUUAUCUAGCUGGCGUUGAGAAAGUAGAUAGCUUCAACACAAAUCUCAGCAAAAUGGGCAUCGGUGGAUUCGAUAGCUCACCGAUGUGGGUCAAAAACAGAUUCGAUUUGACGAAUAAUUUCGUCGAAAAUCCCGAUUACCUGCGCAGCCACGAGAAUGAAAUCAACGAUGAGAACGUCUUCCAAGUCAAUUUUAGAGAUUGGACUCUCGCCUUUGGCAGAAAAUUUCGCGCAAUAAGAGUUUGGCUAGCAAUGGAAUGGUUUGGGGUUGAAGGAAUCAAGGAACAUGUUAAGAAUCAUAUAAGACUCGCAGAAGAAUUCGAAGCGUUGAUUCUCCAGAAUCCAAAGUACUUUGAGCUAGUGAAAGAAAGAAGUUUCGGCCUCGUCUGUUUCAGAUUGAAAGGUGGAAACAACGAGGACCACGAUGAUUUUGUCCGAAGAGCAAAGACACAAUUCGGACUUAUUGUCACAUCCGCGUGCUGGAAGGAUAGAACCUACUUACGAGCUACUUUCAACGAUUUUGCUUCGACUUCCGACGAUGUACUCAAAGUUUUUCGAAAAUUUAUGGAUCUCGCUCUUCAUAAAGCGUCCUUGUGCGCUUGGAUUCUUGAGUUCAAGGCCGUCACCUCUUUGCUCGCCUGUCGGCUCUCCAAAGACUCCUCGCGCGCCUCUGAAGUCAAAGCACGCUAUAAAACUAACGUCGCCGAAUGGAUGUGA